GCUUUAUGGGAAGAAAGAUUCAAUUAUGAAAGUUCCAUUUGCAUAUUUACGAGCUCCAUCUGUUUCAUACCACACUUAUAAAUCUAUUUUGGGGAGCUUUAAGCAUCCCCCCUGAUGAGGACAUUGAGCCAACUGAAUCUGUUUUUACUUUUUGGGUAAAAUAGUUACUGUAAAUCUUAGCAAGCUGACACCUUUGACUGUUCUUUUCUUACGAUUAUGUAUAUGAUUAUAAAACCAACUAUUUGACAAAGCAGAUGGUUUAUGAUCACAGGAUGAGUUGAUUUUGCUUUAACGUAACACUGGAUGAUGGCAGAAUCCUAGUAAAGAAAAAUUCAGCAAAAUAUUUGGAAGAUAGUUUAAAAGAUUAGUUUAUUGGCUACUUUCCUGUUCGAGGGUGUUUGGUUUGUAAAGCAAGGCUGAGGUUUGAGGGGAACUCUGCGAGGUAGCCAUGUAAUGCUAAUCUUGUAAAUGAAAGAUGUAACAGAGAUCAUGAACAUUAUAUGAACUUUGGGCAAUUAAGGAAUACAGGACAAGUAUGCUGCUCUUUUGAAAAUUCUGUGUUCAUGUAUCAGACAGCUUUUGACCCUUAUAACCAGGGGAAGCAUCGUACGAGAUGGAUUUGAGUUGCCAACCAGGCUUGCAGUGGCUUCUGCUGAUUUUGUUCUAUCUCUUACAGUGGCCUUAACAAGGAGAAACAUUGCAUCUGACAUCUCUUAUUACAAAGGGAAGCCGCAUGAUCUUGAUGCGCAAGAUCAGGCUGUUUUUUUUGUGGAUGCCGCUUCUGGUGUCAAAGUGAAGCAAUCUGGAAAAGUUUCUGCUUUCCUAAAGGACAUGGGAACGAAAUCAUUGCUCUGGGUUCAUUUGGAUGACUUGAUUGCUCUUGUCGGGAGACUGAAAGCUUGGAGUAGGAAAAGCAGGCCAUUGCAUUCAAGUGGGUUGGAAAGAGUGUUCGAGUGGUUGCAGGGAACUCAAGCACAAUAUGCUUGCAUUCAAGAUGAGGCAGACAUGCAAAUGAUUAAGACUGGAAUAUUGCUGCUCUCAUCUUGUUGGAAGCACUAUGGCAUGCUGGCCCACCUGGCUGAUAACUUCUUUCGUCUGCAUUACAGAGAUUUAUUUAAUGAGUACCUAUCUGGAAUAGAGCCUUUUACUGUAAACCAUGGUGAUGAACCUGCUGCAGAAAAAGAUAGUGCAAUUCAGACGAUAAAGUUUUUCUUGAACUGUCUCUCUCUUCUGCUGGGUAAAUUAGAUGGGAAGAAAUUUGAAGAAGCAUUAGCGGAACAUGGAACCAUGCUGUCUAGAGUUCUCAUAUCACUGUUUCAAUGUGCUGAUGAGGAUGUGAUUAAUAGUGCCAUAUGCCUCUUCAAAGCUGCCAUAUUUAGGACUCAUGUUACUUCGUCGAAAGACUAUAGUAGCAAUGUUAGAGAGCUUGAUUCUGUACUGCCAAUGCUAUUACAUCUACUGGAUGAGCGUGAUGGUGCAUCCAAAGCUGUUGUGAAACUUGUUGCGGAUUAUUUUUCUUUGUGCUCAGGCAAUCAUUGCCUUCGAGAUAUUUUGAAGGAUCUCUUUUCUGGAAACUUUUCACAGAGGAUGAAUGCCAUUGAUAUGUGGCAAGAUAUAGCAGGCCUCUUGUUGCAGUUCCUUGAAGAUGAAGAACCUGUUAUUCAAACAAGGGCAUCUGAACUACUUCCUCUACUUGAUUCUUCAUUAGUUUUGCCUGGUCUGGUUCGUCUUAGCUACAUUUCAAAUGAUAUGGUGGAGUCUGUGGCGAGUGAGGCAUUACUUGCUGUUUUGAAAAGUCACAAAGAUGAACCUGAGGUGUUGUGUUUGCUUCUUGAUAAUCUUAGCUGUCUUUGCAACACUUCGGAUGACAUUGGAAACGCAAAAGGACCGAAAUUGGAUACUGACAAAGUUCUGAAGCUUUUACCAGAGUGGUCAAAUGUUGAAGAUUGGAACAGGAUGAUCAAUGUGUUGUUUGACAAGCUCUUUGAAGAGCCAUCAAAUGCAGUUGUUAUUCGGUCCUGCAGUUACAUAAGUGACCAAUUAGCAGAUGCAGCAGAUCUGGUCUUUCAUCGACUCCUCCAGUAUGCAGCAGGACAAAAAGACAUUGAGGAUGGUGCUUUGGAGGGGAAGACAGAAACCUGUCAGGGCAAUGAUUCUUUGGAAUGCGAAACUUCCAUCUUUAGUCAUCUUUGCCCAUUAUUAGUUAUCCGGGUGCUUCCUUUACGAGUUUUUGAUGAUCUCGGCUCUCCUUUAAUGUAUGGAGAAAAUUUGAUACGGAAAAUCAAAGAUGAUGCUGGAACUUUCAACUUGGAUGAUACUGAAUGCGUCGGUUCACUUCUCAUGAGCAGAGCGCUCAAUAAAUUUGAAUUCGAAGAUGUUCGCAAGCUUGCUGCAGAACUCUGUGGGCGCAUCCAUCCACAUAUUCUCAUACCUAUCAUCUCCUCUCAGUUGGAAGUUGCAGCAAAAGCUGAGGAUACAAUGAAGAUAAGAGCUUGUCUGUUUUCUAUAUGUACCUCCCUCUUGGUUCGACGAAAGGAUUCAUAUCAGCAUCCUGGAAUGAUAAGAAUUAGGAACACUAUCAAAACAAUUUUAUCCUGGUGCUCGAUCGGGAGAGAUGAUGUUUUGAAAGCACAACAUGGAUGCAUUGAUUGCCUGGCAUGGAUGAUAUGUUCUGAACUAGAAGCUUCAAAAUCAGACAAUGCCAUAAUUGAAAGUUCAGUUUGCACACAUGUGCUAAGUGUAUUGACUGAGGAUGAUGAUUCUUCUUUGAGUGAACCUGGAGCUACAAUGCAACUCUCAUAUCGUCUCUGUAUGGCAAAUGUUCUCAUCAGUGCUUGUCAAAAGAUACCAGAUUCUUGCAGAAAGCCAUUGGCUCGGAGAAUUGUUCAACCGGUCAUUGCUGCUUCUGAGGUCACUGUGGAACCUGAAAUUCGGGCAGCUUGCAACCAGGUGUUGUUCACUGUGGUGUUCCAUCUCAAAUCUGCAGUUCGGAACUUUGCACCUGGUAUAUUGAAGGUUGCUUUGAGAUGCCUCAGAGAUGAUUUGGAACAGGUGAGGGUUACAGGUGCCAAGUUAUUGGCUUCUCUAAUGGCAAGUGAAGAAACAGUUGUUGAGAGAAUUUCAGGAGGUUUGCUAGAAGCAAGAACACUACUCCGAAGUUUAUCAACAUCAGAUUCUUCAGCAGAUGUACAACAACUGUGCCAGAAGCUGCUGUCCUGUAUGACAUCUUAG